AUGAACACCGACGCCGGUCGCAUCUGGUUAGCGACGAACCAGAACGCGGACGGCAUGGUCUGCCUAAGCCCACUGGGGACGUGGCCCGGACAGGUGUGGAAGUCGUCGGUUCACAGCAUAUGGACGGUUUUCAGAGUCGUCCAGUCGCUGGUGACCGAGAGAGGUUUUCACAAGAAGCCAGCGCUGGUCAGGAAAAGACCGGGAAGGUCGGACGCCUACAACAACUUCCUGCUCCGCGAGACAUGCGAGGAGGUCGAAGCCUGUCUGGACGCCUACUCGUCGUCGGAGCUGAGGAAAAUUGUUCUCAUGACCUUUCCGGAGCCGUUCGUCUAG